AUGGAGAGAUCCACACAAGAACUUUUCCUCAACUUCAUGAUUGUCCUGAUUACUGUGUUGCUCAUGUGGCUCCUUGUGAAGUCUUAUCAGGAGUAAAAGACAAUCAGAAACUCUGGGAGGUGAUUUAAGUGUGUGUCUCCGCAGACAUAAGUAACACCCACAGCACACCGCUGUGAUUAGCUUUCAGUCAACUGAGGAUGUCGUCAAUUUUUUUUUACUCUCUCGUAUCUGUUGCCCGUGCUAACGUCUAUGAUGGGUCUAUGAUGGUGUAAUUAUUUUAUUCUGC